AUGACGAAGUCCAAAGAAGGUGCAUUCGAGCUGAUCGAGAAUCUUGCAGCGAGCUCUAGCAACAAGAACGCUGAGUACGACAGAACAGUGAGCACUGUAUCAGUCAAAGGAAGCGGCGCUGAAGCGAAGAAAAUUGAGGAACUCACGGCCAAGGUGAACCUACUGAUGAAGGCGCACAGAAGUCUGUUCAUUUUGUUGACGAAAAUGAUGAUCACCUAUCUCCAAGAGUUUGGAGGAGAAGAGGAUGAAGAUGAUCAGAUGGAGGUCAACUAUGUGAAUGGGCAAGCUUUUGUGCAGAACCGUGGCUUCAACUCGAACUACAGGAACCAUCCGAACAUGUCCUACAGGAGCACCAACGUCGAGAACCCUCAGGAUCAGGUCUAUCCGCCGCGAUCGAACCAGAACCAGCAGAGUUAUCAGAAGAGCUACCCCAACAGCUUCCAGGAAAAGACCUUUGCCCCAAACCAGAACCGUUCUCAAGGUGGUAACCAACAGAAGGCGCAGUUCAGCAACCAGCAACAACCUUCAAGUUCAUCGAACAACUCGAACGAUGAGCUUAAGGGUAUGAUGCAGCAGAUGUUGAUGAACCAGCAGAAGUCCACUGCGGAGACACACUUGAAGAUAGACACCAUGUACAACGAUCUGAAUGGGAAGUACGAGGCUGUGUGGACUCAUGUGAAGAAGCUGGAUGUCCAAGUAGCUCAAACCGCUGAAGCAGUGAAGAGACCUCAUGGAACCCUUCCUGGGAAAGGAGAGACGAACCCCAGGAAUGAGUAUGUUGCACAAGUUGAGCUGAGAAGUGGGAGGAAGCUGUUACCAGCUGCGAUUCCUCUAAAAGGCAGGCAAGGAGAAACAGCAGAGACUGCUCCAGCCAGAGCUUACACACCUAAGGUGCCUUACCCUGUUCCACGGAAGAAGUCCAGAAAAGAUUUGGAGGAAGCAAAGUGUAAGGAGAUGUUGAAGGACUUGACUGUGAAGCUGCCUCUGUCUGAUGCUGUUCAGAUGAUUCCUGCUUUGAAGAAGUACAUGAAGGAGCUGAUAUCUGGGAAAGUAGCUGAGGAGGAAAACGUCAUGCUAGUAUCUGAGGAGUGUAGCGCUGUGCUGCAAACAAGAUCGACUAAGUUCCCAGUCGGUAUACUUGAGGAUCUACAUGUGCAGAUAGGGAACACACUCAUUCCAGCAGAUUUUGUAGUCCUUGAGCUCGACGAAGAACCUAAGGAUCCACUGAUAUUAGGGCGAAACUUCCUAUGCACAGCUGGUGCAAUCAUUGAUGUGAAGGGAGGAAUCAUUGAUCUCCAUCUGGGAGACAUCGUCAUGAGGUUCGAGAUGAACAAACUCCUCAAGAAGCCAAUGUUAGAUGGGCAAACCUAUGUGAUUGAAGAUGGCUCAAACUUGGUGGACGAAGUGAGUGAGGAGAUGCUUCUUGACGACCCUCUGGAGGUAGCUUUGACUAAAGCUGAAGGAGAGUAUGAUUUCCUGAAUGAGGAGGCCGAUGGCUUCGGGAAAAUGAUGGAUGCAAGCGGCAAGAUGGAGAGACUGGUGGCAUUCAUGAGCUUGGAGGAAUGA